AUGUCUCAGGUAGCCCUUGAACCGAUUUACCCACCAGCGAACGCGGACUAUAUCCCGACGGACAAUCUCUUUGCAUAUCUCUUUCACAACCAACAAGUCUGGCGUCGUAUUCCUCCCUCGGACGAUAGGGUCGUCUUCCACGAACCCAUUACCUCCCAAGAUCUUACAUAUGGCCGCUUACGAGACGACAGCCUCCGAUUUGUGCACUCGCUUUCCAAGCUAGUUGUCAACGUGCCACCCAAGGAUGACUUUGGAGUUCCAGGCGCUAUUGUAGGCCCAGUUGUGAUGAUCCACCUCCCAAAUUGCUGUGCCUUUCCCGUCAUCUUCUUGGGCGGUGUUGCAACAAAUUGUACGAUGAAUCUUGUCAGUCCUGCUCUCGGUCCAAAUGAGCUUGUGCAUGUUAUGGAACUCGUCCAUCCAGACGUGGUCUUCACACAGCCCGGGGAGCUUGGGGAGGAAACACUGGAAAAAGCUUUCAACCUUCUUCCGGGAAGUCCGAUAAAGCCGAAGAUUUUUACUGUCGAUGUCCUCCAGUAUCCAUCCAAUUGCUCCCCUUCCGAUCUGCCUGCGAACAAUUGGUUGACCCUUCUGAACACGAGCGCCAGUUCGCAGGUUGCCCCAAUGGUCAGCCCGGGCUUUCCAACUUCCACGAUGAAGCUGACGCGAAAACACAGGAUGCUCAUGAGCAAUCCCAUCGCGUUGCAUGUGUUCUGUGGUCCUCAGGCACCACCGGCGAAAGCAAGGGGGUUAUGCAUUCUCAUCGGUCUCUUGUCACUACCAAUGUGCUGUGGCAAAAGUAUGCUUAUUACCAAAGAAACGAUGCUGUACGUGCUCGUUUUGAAUCUCGCGUCGCUCAUUGGCACUGAAUCCGGUCAGGUUUGGAUCGGCCUGCCCCCAUUUUAUCAUAUCAUGGGCCUACAGACGGUGAUGCUUCUAGCUGUACAAUACAGCACCAAAGUAGUCAUCAUGCGCAAAUUCGACCUUGAGGCCUACCUCCGUAACAUUGUCAGGCACCGGGUGACAUAUCUGAACCUUGCGCCACCCCUGGCGCUAGCAUUAACCAAGACACCGCUGUUGGACGAACCCUGGUGUGAUAUCUCUUCUGUUCGAUCGGCAGGAUGUGGGGCAGCUCCGCUCGGUGCGGACAUCAUUCGAGAGUUUCAUCGCCGAACAGGAAAGCUAAUCCUGAUGGGGUACGGGCUAUCGGAAACGGGAUGUUUUACUCAUCGUCCCGACCCAUCCUGGCAAACGGUUGAAAAAAGUCUGGGAUUUUCCGGCCGAGUGAUGCCUGACGUAGAAAUCCAGAUCCGAGACGAGGCCGGUAAUCCCGUACCAAAUGGAAAGCCGGGCGAGAUCAUGAUGCGAUCGAACUUGCAGAUGCUGGGAUAUGUCCGAAACCCGAAAGCAAACGCAGAGACUUUUGCCAAGGACGGUUUCGUACAUACAGGGGAUAUUGGCAUUUUGACCGAUGAUAGGUUUAUCAAGAUUGUAGACCGGAUAAAGGACGUGAUUAAGUACAACGGGUUCCAAGUGUCUCCAGUGGAAUUAGACGCAGUGAUCGGUGCACUGCCUUCCGUCCUCGAUGUCGGCACAACCUCAAUCUACUCGGAACAGCAAGCAUCCGAGCUACCAAUUGCAUACGUUGUCCCUCGCUCUCUAGAACUGCUGGCAGCAGUGAAGCGUGGCGACAAGAACCAUCCCGGUCUGAAGCCUUUUGCCAAAGAGGUAUACAAUACUGUUGAAAGCCAGUGCGCAUAUUACAAGUGGCUAAGAGGAGGCGUUGUUUUGUGCGAGGCAAUCACUAAAUCACUGACGGGAAAGAUCAUGCGGAGACAGUUGAAGGACAUAUCUGGGAUCCAUGUGCCAUUUAAGAACCGACCUGAUGUGAGAGCCAGGUUAUAG